AUGAAUAAGGCCGUAUACGCACCAGCACCGCUACGGAUAACGGUCUACUCGGACGGCUCACGCACUAGCCAAGGGGCUGGGUACUGGUUCGUGGUCUACUACGGCUCUAUCCCUAUCACCCAAGGGUAUAGAUCAGCUGGCUCCCGGACGGAAGUUUACGACGCCGAGAUCAUGGGCGCAGCAGAGGGCCUCCGGGCGGCUAUUAACCUAUCCUGCGCAAGCUACUCCACCGGCCUCGUUAUCCUCCUUGAUAACCUCGCUGCCGCUAGCUUACUCGCGGACGGGAGGCCUAUGCCACACAGACGAGAACUCACCGACUUAUUCCAAAACCUCACUACCCAGUGGGAAUACACUCCGUAUAUCCUCAGCACACCACGCACGCCCGUUGAGGUACGCUGGGUCCCAGGCCACUCCGGGAUAGUAGGGAACGAGACUGCCGACGAGCUAGCAAAGAAGGGCGCAGCGUUAGACGGCUCCUAUAUCCCCCCCCCUCCCCAUCCUACCUCAGACGUGAAGCGAAGCAACAGACGCGCGCAGCAACACGCGCAGCGUACACCAGAGACGCACCCCAGUCACACCAGGACCUAA